CGACGCCCUUCCCUCCGCAAGCGUUUUGGGCCGGAAGAUAAAGAACACUCUGAAUUUACCUCACAUUGUUAUCUCCUGGCAACAUGGUGAUAGUAAAGCUGUUAUGACAUGCUUUACAUCGGGUCUUUUGCCAUUAUAUUUGUGUGGAACCUCAGCCAAUAGUUAUCAAAGCCCUCCAACACUAGCUCAUAGCAUGGGGAAGUUUAACAACCGCAGGAAGCACUCAGGCCUCCGUGGCAGUGAUGGCGGUGGCAGAGGAAGACCAUACCACAAGCCCGGCCGGGGACGCGGUCGGGGCCGCGGGGCGUCCUGGACCUGCGCGGAGCCGCAGCCACCGCCGCCUGCCGCGGCCAAUGGGCGUCUGGCACCUCUGCCAGCUGCCUGGCAGCCAGAGAGUGAGAGCGAGGAAGAGCCGACGGCGCUGGACGAGGUACUGCAGCUAGUGGGCGGCCGACGGCGGCGCGCUGUCGCCGUGGAGAGCGAUGAGGAGGACUCUGAGGAGGAGGUGGAGCAAUCGGGAGGAGAGGAGGAGGACGCAGUAGUAUGUGCUGAGGACAGGCAGGAUGAGGAUGGGGCCGGGUCAGUUGUGAAGGAGGACGAUGGAGAGAGUGGCGAUGAUGUAGAGAGUGAUAAGGUGGGGGCAGAGGAAGCUGACAGUGCAUUAGAGGAUGAGGCCAUGAGUGAUGAUGAUGCCCUGGUGGAAGAGGACAGCAAAGCAGAUGCCCGUGAUGCUGAGGACGCGCCCACCACGCCGUUUGCGCAGCACUUCGAGCAGAACCUGCCGGAGCCGGUGGGCGAGUCGCUGCAGACGGCCACCAGGUGGCAGAGUGAGCGGCAGCGGUGGCCGCGGCUGGGCGCGCUGAUCGUCCAGCACCGGCCGGUGGAGGCGGCCGGUGCGCUGCUGUCGGCCGUGCAGCAGGCCGAACACGUGCGGCUGUUCAGCAGUCCCGUCUUCGGCCGGCACGAGCACCCGGAGGGGUACGGCGUCCGUCAGCAGAUCGCUUCCAACGUGGCGGUGCUGAACGAGAAGCUGUUUUCACGGCCUCUGACGGAGCUGCAGCAGGAGGUGCUGUCGCUGAUCAGCGAGUACCGCGACCUCUACUUCCCUCACAGAACGCUACAAAACGAGGAUGAACUGCGCGUGGUGUACUGUGCGCACGCUCUGAGCCACGUGCUGCGCACCCGGUCACGGAUCGUUCACCACAACUCGAAGGUGUCGAAGAAGGACGACGUGCCGGACAGCUACCGGGACCAGGGCCUCACGCGGCCCAAGGUGCUCAUCGUGGUGCCGUUCAAACACUCUGCAUUCAGGAUCGUCAACACGCUGAUAUCGCUGCUACAGUCGGCCGGCAAGAGCAGCGUGAUGCGCUACAAGCGGUUCGCGGCCGACUUCGGCGACGGCGACGCGCCGCCGCCGGCGCCCGGCCGGCUCCGGCGCCCGCCCGACUUCCUGGCCACGUUCGCCGGUAACACGGACGACGCGUUCCGACUUGGCCUGCAGGUGACCAAGAAAAGCAUGCGCCUGUACAGCGACUUCUAUCACUCUGACGUCAUUGUGACGUCACCGCUGGGCCUGCGGACGGUACUGGGCUCGGAGGGCGAAUCGGACCGUGACGUCGAUUUCCUUAACUCGAUCGAGCUGCUCAUCAUGGACCAGACGGACGUGUUCCUGAUGCAGAACUGGGAGCACGUGCUGCACCUGGUAGAGCACCUUCACCUGCAGCCGCGCGACUCGCACGGUGUCGACUUCUCGCGCGUCCGCUACUGGACCCUCAACGGCUGGCAGCGCCUCUACCGGCAGACCCUGGUGCUGUCGGCGCUGCCUACGCCGGAGAUCAACGCUCUGGUGAGCAAGUGCUGCCUGAACUACGCCGGCCGCGUGCUCGUCCAGAACCCGGAGGUGGUGGGCUCGAUUCAGCAGGUGGUGGUCCAGGUGCCCCAGGCAUUCCACCGGUUCUCGGCGGAAAGUCUGGCCUCGGAGCCGGACGUGCGGUUCCAGUUCUUCGUGGAGAAGGUCCUGCCACAGCAUCGAGACGUCCAGAUGAACCAGACGCUGCUGCUGGUGCCGUCCUACUUCGACUACGUGCGCAUCCGCAACCACUUCAUCAAGGAAACAGUCAACUUCGUCCAGGUCUGCGAGUACACCAAGGACAGCCGGGUCAGCCGCGCCCGCGACAUGUUCUACCACGGCAAGCGGCACUUCUUGCUCUACACCGAGCGCUUCCACUUCUUCCGCCGCUACCGCAUCAAGGGCAUCCGGCAUGUUGUGUUCUAUGGCUUGCCCGUGUACCCGCACCUCUACUCGGAGAUCUGCAACCUGAUGCAGGAGGCGUACCAGAACCCGCGCACGGCGCAGGACGGCGCCGGCGUCACCUGUACCGUCCUCUUCUCACGCUUCGACCGGCUGAAGCUGGCACGCGUGGUCGGCGCGGAGCGAGCGACAUCUAUGAUCGGCUCCGAGAAGCAGGUGCACAUGUUCGUAACUGGGGAGUCGUGACGGCCGCAGGCGGGGAUUGACCUGGCCUGGCCUGACCUGGCCUGGCCUGGCGUGGCCUGGGGCAGGGAUGGAUCGUUGCGUGGUCUGGUGUAAUGACCGGUGUUCUUUUGAGGACGAACUGGGGUGGUGUUGCUCCAUGAGGCGAGCGCUCUGAAGCCUACCGUGCCGUGAGACGGGCGCCUCCGAUAUCCGACAUUAUUGUUGCGGGAUGUGCUGCGUUCGUAACCUAUUUGAUUCCUGUAUGACAUGCCAUCAUCAAUACAGUUGU